AGUGAAGAUGCAGGAGUUACUUUAUUUCUCUGCUACUAUUGCCUCACUUAUUUUAAAUUUUGUGGGAAUCAUUAUGAAUCUGUUUAUUACAGUGGUCAGUUGCAAAACUUGGGUCAAAAGCCACAGAAUCUCCUCUUCUGAUAGGAUCCUGUUCAGCUUGGGCAUCACCAGGUUUCUUCUGCUGGGACUAUUUCUGCUGAACACCAUCUACGUCAUGUCUUCAAAUACUGGAAGGUCAGUCUACCUGUCUGCUUUUUUUGUGUUGUGUUGGAUGUUUUUGGACUCGACCAGUGUCUGGUUUGUGACCUUGCUCAACAGCUUGUACUGUGUGAAGAUUACUAACUUCCAACACUCAGUGUUUCUCCUGCUGAAGCGGAAUAUCUCCCCAAAGACUCCCAGGCUGCUGCUGGCCUCUGUGCUGAUUUCUGCUUUCAACACUUUCCUGUACAUUAUACUUAGCCAGACAUCACCUUUUCCUGAACUGGUGACUAAGAGAAAUGACACAUCAUUUAAUGUCAAUGAUGGUAUCUUGUCUUUAGUGGCCUCUUUCUUCUUGAGCUCAUUUCUCCAGUUGAUCAUUAAUGUGACUUCGGCUUCCUUGCUAAUAUACUCCUUGAGGAGGCAUAUACGGAAGAUGCAGAGAAAUGCCACUGGUUUCUGGAAUCCCCAGAUGGAAGCUCAUGUAGGUGCUAUGAAGCUGAUGAUCUAUUUCCUCAUCCUCUACAUUCCGUAUUCAGUUGCUACACUGCUCAAUUAUCUUCCCUUUUAUGUAGGGUUGGGUAUGGGGGCCAAAUUCAUUUGUGUGAUUUUUGCCACCCUUUACUCUCCAGGACAUUCUGUUCUCAUUAUUAUCACACAUCCUAAACUGAAAACAACAGCUAAGAAGAUUCUUUGUUUCAAAAAAUAGUGGAAUUUCAGUAAACAAUGCCUAGAUUCACCUGAUGGUUUAGGGGCAAGAUUUUCUGUUGGCAGUUUUCCCAGUAGUUUGAGGAAUUCGGUUUUGUGAUUGCUGAUCUGAUAUCCUAGGCUUUUCAGUACCUGUAUUUCAGUUCAUUCUGUAAUUUUUUUUGAUAUGUAGGUAUUUUAAAAUAAGGCACAUUCUCUAAUAAACUUUUUUGAGGGAUUAUUUAUCAUGCAUUUUGCGUGGCCAUUGCAUCCGCAGAUAAUGGAGAUCACCACAUCGUUUCAUUGUCUAUUAAAGUAUAAUGGGAAAUUCUUCUGAAUUAGAGAAUACAUUGGGGUGCACAUGAUGAGUUAUUGUUUGUGGUUUAGUUGAGGAGCUCUGAGUAAGGGCUCAGCAGUGGCUAGGUGGCCACUGGGAGCCACUAGACUGACUGAAAGCAAAGGAAGGGGGUGCAGUGCGAAGAGAAAAGGAAAAAAAGAAGGUUUCAGACAGAAAAGAAGGAAAGAGAAAGGUGAAAAGAAAUAGGUGUACACUGUGGGACAAGACAGAAAAAGUGUCCUCGCACUUGCUGGAAAACAGAAACUGAGCUAUUCCUACCAAGAAACUCUAAGUUUCUAGACUUGUUCUGGAAAAGAGGAUAGUGCCAGAGUUCUUAAGUAGAGGGAAGUGAUUGGUAUUCAAGAAACUGAAUCCAGAAUAGUUCCAAAGAUCUUAAAAUCCAGGGGAGGCAGCCUAAGGUCAAAGGCAAGUACCAAAUAGUGAAGUUAACACCAUAUGAGUAGAAAUUUACAAAAUACUGUACCUCACCAUAGGAUAUGGAAUUCAGUGGAAAGCCAAAGAAGUACUGGACAGGUAGUGGGAGUGCUUGACUUGGGGUGAAUUUAUUUCAUCUGCUUCUACAUUUGUGCACAGCACAGUUCUUCUCCAGACUGUUGUUCUCGAGAUGGGACAAUAAGACUGUGGUUCCAGAAGAAAGAGAAUCUGAAGAUGGGAUGUUGACAGGGUUUGGAAUGUGAAUUGGGGAAUCAUGAUUUGUAUUUAUUUAGGAUUUUUUUGUGUUCAUAAAAUGCUUAUGUAAUAUUUAUACAUGUCUAAAUAAAUUUUAAAGUUUUAUAAAUUA